CUCAGCCCUUCUCGGGCUUCUCAAAUGGCCUUUGCACGUGGAGUGCGUGUAACUAGACCCUGAUGACUAAUACCAGCAUAGCAAGGCAGUGUUCAUUGACCUGCUCUAUCAUCUGCGAGAUAGUGUGGGGAAGUCAGUCGGGGGUACACUGUCUGACUGCUCACAGUACUAACACGUCCAUGUAUUUUAAAAAUGCACGAAGACCUAUGUGAGUGAGUUACUGUGUUGUCUUAACACUGCGUUUGUAUAUAGAUAGAAAUAUGGAUAACAUUUGACCAUAACUAAAGUCACUUUAGAUUGUCUUCCUGGUUCCAGAGGGAGAGGCAUGGGCUGGUUUUCUUUCUAGUCUGUUGAUUGGUAUCAUGUCCCUCUGUUUAGUUUUUGCAUCGAGUACAAGUGAGCAACUAUUUUAAUCUCUUUCCUGGGGGGGAGGAGCAGAGAAGAAUGUCUGAUGGAGUCCUUGAAUUAGGAGAAGUAUCCACCCUUGCUGAACAACACUCUACAUUUUGCUUACCAGUAACUUCUGCAACUAAAUUUUACAUGAACACAUGAGAUGGCCACAGAUGACAAACAGUCUCCAACACUGGAAUCUGUCAGUGAUCUGCCCUGCUCUCCUAGCAGUCCCUCUCAUCUCACUCACUUCAAACCAUUGACUCCUGAUCAAGAUGAGCCUCCUUUUAAAUCUGCCUACAGCUCCUUUGUAAAUCUCUUUCGUUUUGGCAAAGAUGAUGGUAGGUUCUCAUCUCCUGCAGAGAUUGUCCAGGGUGAGCAGCAGGCACUGAGUGGGACUUGGUCCAGUCCUCAGCAUACCUCACGGGCACAGUCUCUGAGGUCCCCCAAUCCAUACAAAAAGCAGCUUACUGGGGAGCUACAACGCAGAGCUUCUACAACUUUAGACACACGAAAGAAAGUAGACUCUUCGGUAAGUGGCCAUGAUCCUCGGACAGCUGUUCAGCUUAGAAGUCUCAGCACAGUCUUAAAACGUCUCAAAGAAAUCAUGGAAGGGAAAAGCCAGGAUAGUGAUUUAAAGCAGUACUGGAUGCCAGACAGCCAGUGUAAAGAAUGUUAUGACUGUAGUGAAAAAUUCACCACCUUCCGGCGCAGGCACCACUGUAGGCUGUGUGGGCAGAUCUUCUGUAGCCGAUGCUGCAACCAGGAAAUUCCAGGAAAAUUUAUGGGUUACACAGGGGAUCUCCGAGCCUGCACUUACUGCCGCAAAAUAGCUUUAAGCUAUGCACACUCCACAGACAGUAACUCCAUUGGGGAAGAUUUAAAUGCUCUGUCUGAUUCUACCUGUUGUGUAUCUGUUUUGGACCCUGGGGAGCCACGUACACCUGUUGGGAGUAGAAAAGCUAGCAGAAAUAUCUUUCUGGAGGAGGAUCUUACUUGGCAAAGUCUGAUUCAUGUAGACUCUUCAACUACUACACUGUCAACACGCCUUGUGUCUGUACAGGAGGAUCCAGGGAAGUCUCCUGCUCGAAACAGAUCGGCCAGCAUUACUAACCUGUCCCUAGAUCGUUCUGGUUCACCCAUGGUGCCUGCGUACGAGACAUCUGUCAGUCCCCAGGCUAAUCGAACAUAUUUGAAAGCAGAGACCAAUGAGGAUGAACGCAAAAUUCUUCUGGAUUCUGUCCAGUUAAAGGAUUUGUGGAAGAAAAUUUGCCAUCAUAACAGUGGGAUGGAAUUUCAGGAUCACCGCUAUUGGCUCAGGACACACCCCAAUUGCAUUGUGGGAAAGGAGCUUGUCAACUGGCUCAUCAGAAAUGGACACAUUACAACAAGAGCUCAAGCCAUCGCAAUAGGACAAGCACUAGUAGAUGGACGCUGGCUGGAUUGUGUCAGUCACCAUGAUCAGAUCUUUAGAGAUGAAUAUGCUCUGUAUAGACCAUUACAGAGCACUGAGUUCUCUGAAACUCCCUCUCCAGACAGUGAUUCGGUGAAUUCCGUAGAGGGACACUCUGAGCCAUCCUGGUUCAAAGACAUCAAGUUUGAUGACAGUGACACAGAACAGAUUGCUGACGAAGGGGAAGAUAAUUUGGCCAAUUCCGCCAGCCCUAGCAAGCGUACAUCAGUCAGCAGCUUCCAGUCCGCAAUGGACAGUGACUCAGCCGCUUCCAUCAGCCUGAACGUGGAGAUGGACAACGUGAACUUCCAUAUCAAGAAGCACUCCAAGUACCCACAUGUACCCCCUCACCCUGCUGACCAAAAAGAGUACUUGAUUCCUGACAAUGGAGGGCAACAGAUGAUCUCAAUAAGUGAUGCUUUCAUCAAAGUAGUGGCAGAAGCUGAUGACACUGAGAAAUCCAAAGAGCUGUUUUUCACACCUUUAGGCUGGCACCACAGCAAUCUGGAUCUGCUGAGGGAAGAGAAUGGAGAGAAACAAGCCAUGGAGAGGCUUCUUUCAGGUAAUCAUAACCAUAUGAUGGCACUACUUCAGCAGCUACUCAACAAUGAGUCUCUGUCGUUAUCCUGGAGGGAUAUCAUUGUGCCAGUGGUCUGCCAGGUAGUUCAAACUGUCCGACCUGAUGUCAAGAACAGAGAUGAUGAUAUGGAUAUCCGCCAGUUUGUCCACAUAAAAAAAAUCCCAGGUGGAAAGAAAUUUGACUCUGUGGUGGUGAAUGGCUUUGUUUGCACAAAGAAUGUUGCACACAAAAAGAUGAACACUUAUCUAAAAAAUCCCAAAAUUCUUCUCCUGAAGUGUUCCAUUGAGUACCUCUACCGAGAAGAAACAAAAUUCACCUGCAUAGACCCCAUUGUUCUUCAGGAAAGGGAGUUCUUGAAGAACUAUGUGCAGCGGAUAGUGGAUGUAAGGCCUACCCUGGUUCUGGUGGAGAAGACUGUAUCCCGAAUUGCCCAGGACAUGCUUCUGGAACAUGGCAUCACUCUAGUUAUCAAUGUCAAGCCACAAGUAUUAGACCGAGUAAGUCGGAUGACUCAGGGAGACUUGGUGAUGUCAAUGGAUCAAUUGUUGACCAAACCUCACUUGGGAACUUGUCACAAAUUUUACAUGCAAGUGUUCCAAUUACCAAACGAUCAAACAAAAACCUUAAUGUUUUUUGAAGGGUGCGCACCACACUUGGGCUGCACCAUCAAACUGCGUGGAGCUGCAGACUAUGAACUGACCCGAGUGAAAGAGAUCCUUAUCUUUAUGGUCUGUGUGGCUUAUCAUUCCCAGCUGGAAAUUUCUUUCCUUAUGGAUGAGUUUGCCAUGCCCCCUACUCUCACUAAAAACAGCUCUUUCCAGACACUGAUUGAAAGCCAAGGAGAUGAAAAUGAGCACCAAGACCUCUUUAAUGGUGAGGAGUUUAGCAUACUCCUCAAAGAUGUUGAUCUCUUCUCUGAAAAAAUGCCCAUGGUCUCUGAUUCUGUCUCCUCUGAUGAGGCUAGCACACUAGAACAAAGAACUUUGCUUGAAGAAGAUCAAGAUGAUGAUGUCCUGCGAGAGGGAUCCUCUUUAAAACUCCAAGAUCAUCUCAGAAUAGAGUAUUUACUGCCAGUACCAGAAUCCCAACUACCUUUCCAAAGUAUGGAGCAACAUCCACACACUCUAUAUAGUGAGCAUCUGGAGAUUCUGCAAGAGCCAGGUGACCUUCGGGAUUCUAAAAGCCAGAUGAGAGUCUUUAGAGACCCUCUACAGGAUGACACUGGAUUGUAUGUCACGGAGGAGGUGAUUUCCUCUGAGGAUCGUCUCAAGGCCUGCUCCUUAGCAUUUAAACAAGAGCUGAAAGAUGUUAUUCUCUGUAUCUCACCUGUGAUAACAUUUCAUGAACCUUUUCUUCUAACAGAGAUUGGCAUGAGGUGCCCUGUCCGGGACUACUUCCCAGAGCAGGUCUAUUUGUCUCCUCUCCUCAACAAAGAGUAUAAGGAGCUGGAAAGCAGAAGGAAGAAACAGCUGUUAAGGGAUCUCUCUGGAUUGCAAGGGAUAAAUGGAAGUAUCCAGGCAAAGGCCAUCCAGGUUUUGCCCGCCCAUGAGCUAGUUAACACUAGAAUUGCAGAACAUCUCAGUGAUAGCCAAAGCUUGGCCAGAAUGCUGUCAGAUUACCGGGCCAGAGGAGGAAGGAUACAACAGAAAAAUACAGAUCCCUUUGCCCAGUGUAAAGAUGCAUCUGGUGUUCCUGGAGGAAAAGUUGGAGGCAGAAAUGAAGAGGAUGAGAGUGGAUUGGUUCAGGAUGAAUCUAUAUGGUCUCAUAAGGUGGACUGUCUGAGUCCAAUAAACCAUCAGAGGCUCUGUGUUCUUUUCAGUAGCUCAUCUGCCCAGUCCAGCAACGCUCCAAGUGCCUGCGUUAGCCCAUGGAUUGUGACAAUGGAGUUCUAUGGAAAAAAUGAUCUCACUCUAGGAGUGUUUUUAGAACGGUAUUGUUUCAGGCCUUCCUACCAAUGCCCCAGCAUGUUUUGUGAAACACCGAUGGUGCACCACAUUCGUCGCUUUGUCCAUGGGCAAGGCUGUGUGCAGAUCAUACUGAAAGAGCUGGACUCCCCAGUUCCUGGAUACCAGCACACAAUCCUUACCUACUCCUGGUGUAGAUUGUGCAAACAGGUCACGCCAGUUGUCCCACUUUCCAAUGAUUCUUGGUCUAUGUCAUUUGCAAAAUAUCUUGAAUUGCGAUUCUAUGGGUAUCCGUACACACGAAGAGCCAAUGCAGAGCCUUGUGGUCAUUCUAUACACCAUGACUAUCAUCAGUAUUUUUCCUAUAAUCAGAUGGUGGCAUCUUUCAGUUAUUCUCCAAUCCGACUGCUAGAGGUGUGUGUUCCUCUCCCCAAAAUCUACAUCAAACGUCAAGCUCCAUUAAAAGUUACUAUUCUGCAGGAUCUGAAGGAUUUCUCUCAAAAGGUUUCACAUGUGUACCUUGCUGUUGAUGAUCGUCUCACCUCUUUGAAAACUGAUACUUUCAGCAAAACAAGGGAAGAGAAGAUGGAAGACCUUUUUGCACAAAAAGAGAUGGAAGAGGUAGAGUUCCGGAACUGGAUUGAGAAGAUCCAAGCAAGGAUGCUGUCUACUUCACAGGACACCCCUCAGCAGUUGCAGUCUCUCUUUGAGUCUCUGAUAAUCAAGAAACAGGGCCUCUGUGAGAUGCUGCAAGCCUGGAAUAAUAGAUUACAGGAUCUCUUCCAGCAGGAGAAGGGAAGAAAACGACCCUCAGUACCACCUAGUCCUGGAAGGCUGAGGCAAGGUGAAGAAAAUAAGAUCAGUGCAAUGGACGCCUCGCCCCGUAACGCUUCUCCAGCCCCACAGAAUGGAGAGAGAGAUGACCGUUUCUUGACAACCUUGUCAAGUCAGAGCUCCACAAGCUCUACCCAUCUCCAGCUUCCAACUCCUCCUGAAAUUGUGUCGGAACAGCUGACAGGAGGCCCUUCCUUUGCUAGUACACUCUCUGAACCAGACACCACCAGCAGCUCAGAAGAUGUAUGUGAUGGACACUUGUUGGGAUCUACGGACAGCCAGGUGAAGGAGAAAUCUACUAUGAAAGCUAUUUUGGCAAAUUUGUUGCCUGGAAACAACUAUAAUCCUAUUCCAUUCCCCUUUGACCCAGAUAAGCAUUACCUAAUGUAUGAGCACGAGCGGGUACCCAUUGCAGUCUGUGAAAAGGAGCCAAGCUCCAUCAUAGCUUUUGCACUCAGUUGCAAGGAAUACAGAAAUGCCUUAGAUGAGCUAUCCAAAGCAUCUCUGAAGAGUAGUACUGAAGAAGGACUUCCACCAAAUAGUAUGUCAGACAACAACCCAAAGAACAGCAGCCCAGUCCGAUUGCCUGAGACUAAUGUGGGACCGGCAAACCGCACAGCUGAAGCAGAACAGCAAAAAAAGGCUUCUGGUGUUCUAUCCUUCUUCCGUGGCACGGGAGGGAAGAGCCCUGAUCUGUCUGCCCAGAAGAAAGAGACUUUGCGUGGUGCAGAUAGUGCCUAUUACCAAGUUGGACAAAUGGGCAAGGAAGGUCCAGAGGGGCAAGGAGCAGAUACUCAAGAUGAAGCAGAUGGAGGAGAUGCACAAAAGAAACAGUUAGCAAAUCCCCAUGUGGAACUUCAGUUUUCAGAUGCUAAUGCCAAGUUCUACUGCCGAAUUUAUUAUGCUGGAGAGUUCCAUAAGAUGCGUGAUGUGAUCCUCAGGAGCAACGAGGAGGACUUCAUCCACUCCCUGUCUCACUCACUGCCAUGGCAGGCCCGUGGAGGCAAGUCAGGAGCUGCAUUCUAUGUGACAGAAGAUGACAGAUUCAUUUUGAAGCAGAUGCCUCGUCUGGAGGUCCAGUCCUUCCUUGACUUUGCCCCACAUUACUUCAUUUACAUCACUAAUGCUGUUCAGCAGAAGAAACCAACAGCACUGGCCAAAAUUCUUGGAGUGUAUCGGAUUGGAUACAAGAACUCUCAGAACAAUACUGAAAAGAAGCUGGAUCUUCUUGUCAUGGAAAACCUUUUCUAUGGCAGAAAAAUGUCUCAGGUGUUUGACCUGAAGGGCUCUCUGCGGAACAGAAAUGUGAAAACAGACACUGGGAAGGAAAGCUGCGAUAUUGUUCUGCUCGAUGAAAAUCUCUUGAAGAUGGUCCGGGACAACCCUUUGUAUAUCCGCUCCCACUGCAAGGCUGUGCUGAGGGCUUCCAUCCACAGCGAUUCCCACUUUCUUUCCAGCCACCUCAUCAUUGACUAUUCCCUGCUGGUUGGCCGCGAUGAUACUAGCAAUGAGCUAGUGGUUGGGAUCAUUGAUUACAUUCGCACAUUUACCUGGGACAAAAAGCUUGAAAUGGUGGUAAAGUCCACGGGUAUCCUGGGAGGACAAGGUAAAAUGCCAACUGUGGUCUCUCCAGAACUAUACCGGACCAGGUUUUGUGAAGCAAUGGACAAGUAUUUCCUGAUGGUGCCAGAUCAUUGGACAGGGCUUGGUCUGAAUUGCUGAGCUAAAGCACAGGUUGUGGGGCACCAGGAAGCGCUGUGAAGGAAAACAUUUCCUGAUAGAAGAGGACAUAAACCGUGGUAGGCAAAAGGAUCUCACAUCAGCAUCUGCAUAAGCCAUGUGCAUCACAAGUAUAAAAUCUGUAUCUUACCUGCACUUCAGUUACUGACAUGAGAGGAUUACAGCAAAGGCUGGCAGCUGUUAUUGAAGAAGAUUGAGAAUGGGGUGAUUUAUUAAUUCUGCUGUUAAGAGGCCAUCAUCCAAUACAGAUUUCUGUACACUGUCCCUCUUAUCACACCAUUGAAACCAGGUGUUGGCAUCAUUUUGCAGAGAAGCAGGUGAAUUCUGCAAGCAUAUCUUGUACAGUGGCUAAUGUAAGUUUGUUUGUAGAGGGGUGUAUGUGAUUUGCAUCAUUGUACAGUGUGAUAGUGCAAGGGACAUAGAAAGCUUUGGAAUAAGCAUCCUGUUCAUGGAAAAUCUAAAUCCAUACUCACUAAGAUCAUUACCACUGCAGUGCUCUGAAGCAGACCUUGUAAGAAUCAGAGUGAAUAACUUGUCCUGUUGUGCACUUCGCAAGUUCAGUUUUUACAGUCUUCUGUAAAAAAAAAACCCUUUGUUUUAGUCAGCAAUGACCAUUAUGCUAUCCUUUUAUUUGUACUGAACUUUUAUGUUCCUAAACAUAUGUUCUUUUAUGUUCCUAAAUUCAUUUCUGUGAAGUGCAAUUUGCUCUGCAUGUCAUAAUGUAGUUUUCAGCAGCCUCACAUAGAAAUGGAGCAAUCUUGAGUGAGUUCAGGACACUGCAAACAGUAGGAACAUAAACCAGACAUUCCCAAAGCCCCAGAAGCAGACUCUUAAUCCUUUCAUGAGGGACUUCUGUGGUAUAGGCACUACCUGGUCUUGCAUUAUGAAUCAUACUGCCUUACUGGUGCCACUAACAUCCCUUGAAGAGAAGUUCCAGUCACUUCAUUUCAUUCCCACAUAACUUUCACCAUCACAUUUCUUCAGAGUAAAAUGUCUUGCCAGCACACACUGUCUUCACAUUUGUAAGACAAGAUUCGACAUCUCGACAUCAGUAACAUUUAAUACCUAUAAGCCAGGUGGAAAAUACCAACAAUAUUUGCUUUUGCAGCACUGAAAUGAAUGUUCCAUUUUGUUGGUGCUCUUUGUGAAAACUGAAUUAGGAGGUGUUUUUUUGUGAGAUGUGUGGGGAUCUGUGAAUCAUAACUUGAAAAUAAGCACUUUUCAUUUUUAUCCAUUUUACUUGUUUUUUGUAGACGUGAUGAAAGUUUACUUACUUUAGCUUUAAUAUAAUAAAGGCCAGUAGAAUUGAGGGUUUGUAUGGAUGUCAGAGGCAAAUUCCAUUGUCCUUGAAACUUACUUUGUAGGACACAGCUAAAACUAAACAUCUGGAACAGCACAAGUAUUCAGACCCAUUAUCUGCUAUGAUCUGCUGUCACUAAUACUAGCUGCACUGAGUAACUGAUUUUUAACAGGUUGAUGGUCAUUCAUGAACCCAAGUGUGUGUGUUAGAAAGGAUGGGCAAAGCAAUUAAAAAUGUCAGCAGUGGUGACCUGACCAGGUUGUUCAAAUAAAAAUGCAGGUUGAUGCUGAGCUGCUGUGAAUUGAUAGAAUGCUGCUGUAGUGUUCAUGUCCUGUCAAGUAAAAAGCUCCAUUAGAUUCUUAUAUUUGGUUGACAUCCUGCAGAAAGAGAAAGGAGAGUAUCUAACUUGGAUUUAAGCUACAGAGGUCUCAUUCCCAUUGUUCAGAAUGCUUGUUUGUGUUUCUGGAUCCGCUACUCAUCCGCACUAGUUUACAGCUAGUGAUACUGUGAAAUUCUGAAGCUUACUUCAGAGUCACACUGUGGAUAGAUCUGGCUUUCAACUAAGGCUUGGUUUUUUGCCCAUUAUGACAAGCUGACUCUUGACAAGGUCAAGUGACUUACCCAGUAUCGUGGAACUGCAGUCUUAGUUAAAAGAAGUAACUCAACCAUGUUUUCAUUCCGUGUGGGUGGGUGGGUGAGGAAAGCAUUACUAUACAUCUUCCACACCAGAAAUAUCCCCUAACACCUAUAUGGUUGCGGAAGUCUAUAUUACAAGUUUCCAGGAAAGCUAAUUGAUACUUUAUUCUCUAGCCCAAGUGAUUUUUUUCCUCAGUUGUGUUACCAUGAAAUCUGAACGUGGGUAACAUUCAAGUUCUUCCCUCUGUUAGUCAUUAGACUCUGCAGUGCCCUUAUUUUGGGUACAAAGAAUAGUUGCUCUCUCUAAAGCGAUAUAUGUUUUCUCUCCAUGCUGCUACUUAAGGUUAUUAGUAACUGUUAAUUGUAAUUCUAACAUAACAGUGGAAAUUUCCCAAUAUUGGGAUCCACAGGAAAAAAGUAAAAUGUAGAAUUGACUUUAAAAAACAAAAAAGUGUGUACUUUGCCCAGAUGCUUUGCAGAAGUACUACUUGAAACCUGAAAAUGUCCCUUGUAUCCAGGGACAGAUCCUCAACAGGUACAAACUGGUAUGCUUCUGAAGUCAGUGGAGUUAUGCCAGUUGACAUCAGCUCAAGAUCUUCCUGUGACAUUUAGUGGUAGUGCUUAGGCAGUAAAUUACUGGUCCUGGGCUGACAGACUGAUAAAUAAUGCUGGCUUUGGAAAAUAAAUAACUGUGAACUUGAAGGUUUUGAGAUUUGAAGAAUUUGAUCUGAUUCAGUUGGGGCAAAGUUCAAGACGACAACACCUGCUGAAAGGCAUUGCAGCACUUAACUAUAUACUGUGCAACAGAAAGGUAGUGUAAAUCACAGUAAUGGGACUGGCAUCUCUUUACACAUGUUCUUCAUUAGAAGUAAGAAUUAGCCUAGUAUUUCCUACUACAAAACUGAGUUCCUCCAAAGGAAAGUCACCAGCAAUAUUUUUGUGGACAGAAGACAGUGUUUCACAUCUGAAAACUCCUAUGAGAGCUAACACUGGGCAGGUGAGAUGCUAGCCGCUGUAGCUGAGCUAGUGCAGGAUCCUUGAAGUAUUAAUAGAGGGAGAUUAUAACUCAUACAGUAUUAUGGCUCCAUUUAGUGCAAUGAUUUCUCAGUUUUGUAACACAGGUGUAUGUACAUAGACUAGUAAAUGAACUACAAUUGCAGUUAUUAAGCCCCGCUUUUAGAUGCUGCCUUAACAGUUGUAUCAGUCUAGGGAGUUCAGGCAAAUAUGUUACUUCUUGAAUUAGGUAAGAUUAACAAUUCUUGUGUUGCAGUAUCUGUAUGGCACAACUUCUUUUAAUGGCUUAGGGCUGGGUUCUGCCACCCUAAUGAACCCUGAGUAGGCUCAUUUGAGACAAACGGUUACGUGCUUAACGAGGUGCUCCUCGACAUGUCUGAAAGCAUAGCAGAAUGACACCCAGAGUUACCAGUGAUGAGACUGACCGUAUUCUAAAGCACUCAAUGUACCAUAAUGUGUAUAUAUUUCUAUUGUACCUUGAUUCCAGCUGUAUUUUAUAUUAUUCUGACAUGUUAAGAUAUUUAAAAGCAAUUGCCUUGACUAUUUGGAAAACUGAACUGUAUGUAGAUAGCAGUCCCAAUAAAGUAAUUAAAA